AUGGGUAACUCUUAAAAAUAAAAAUAGAAUCAAUAAGUGAUAUAUUAUAACGCUUAAGAAGAACAAAAGUAACUAAACUUUUCAUUUUCUAAUGAGGCUAACCUGGUUGUUGAUUAUGGAAACCAAAAUAUUGGAGAUUAAAAUGUCUAAAAUUUAGGUCUAGCUUUAGAAAACUGCUCCAAUCUAUCUAAUUUGACUCUUAUUUUGAAUUACAACAAAAUUAGUUUCACUGGUGCUUAAAAAUUAGGCUCUUCCCUAUCUAAUUGCAAAAAUCUUCAACAAUUGAAUUUACAUUUAGGCUCUAAUAAUAUCGGGUCAAAAGGAGUAUCAGAUCUUUCUUUAGGAAUAGCAAAUUGCUCUAAAUUAUCUAUUUUGACAUUAGACUUUUAAUUCUGUAAUAUUGGAAAUGAAGGUGCUGUUGGAUUAGGCUCUGCUUUGGCUAAUUGUUCAAGCCUCACAGUUUUAAAUAUUAACUUCUAUAGCAACAAUAUAGGCCAUUUAGGUGCUUCUGGUUUAGGUCUUGGUAUAUCUAAAUGUAGCUCACUUACAUCUUUGGAACUUGAUCUUCCAUAAAACAAUAUUGGAACAAAGGGUGCAGCUGAAUUAUGUGAAGGAUUAUCUGGUUGUGCUAAACUUUCAAAACUUGCUCUAAAUUUAAUAAAAAGUAAAAUAGUAGAUGAUGAUAUUUCAGAUUUCGGAAAUUCUUUAGCUAAGCUGAAAAACCUCUCAGAUUUUAAUAUAAAUCUAAUUGGAAAUGCAAUUAGUGGAAGUAGUAUAUCUAGUUUAUUUUCUCCUUUGGAACAUAAUCAAGCCAUUUCGCAAUUAAGCAUUAAUCUACAAAAAAACAUGAUUGGAGAAGAAGGAGCAUAAAAUUUAGGUUCUGCCCUAUCAAAAAUUUCCAAUCUUUGCAGUCUUAAAAUCUACUUACAUGAGAACAACAUUGCUCUUACAGGCGCAUCUAGCUUAUGCUCUGGGUUACUUAAAUGUUCUAAAUUAUAUGAACUUAAUAUUUACUUCAAUAAAAGCUUAUCUCAAAAUUUAUGA